AUGAAUUUUUAAAUAAUUCAAACAAUCACAUUUCACUUUUUCAUUUGGGUCAUUAAACCAAUUGCUAAUCUAGGGUUAUCAUUUACUUACUAUACAAUCUAUAUUGCCAUAUAUUUAACAGACUUUAUCCUUUCAUUAUUUGUCAAAGAAUGUGAAUCAAGAAAUUCUAAUUUUUUCCAUAAAGUUAGGAAAAUUCUUAACAAACAUAAACCAUAUUAUGGAGUUUAUACUUAAGCAAGUAAUUUUUAUAUGUAUAUCAACACUUAUAGCUGACAUGAUACUUGGUUAGGGAUACAAUUUUGAAAGUCACAAAAUAAUAACAGAAGAUGGUUACAUUCUCACAAUUUGGAGAAUUUAUAAAGAUGUAACACAUCCACAUCCUCACCCAAUUAUAAUGCAACAUGGAUUAUUAGAUAGUUCAUGGUCUUGGCUUAUAAAUAACGAUAAAAAAAUGACUUUGCCGUACAUCUUAGCAGAAUAAGGGUAUGACGUAUGGUUAGCAAAUAAUCGAGGAAAUAAAUAUAGUAUUGGACACACAAAAUUUUAAAGUGUAAAUUAUAAUUAAAAAUAUUGGGAUUGUUCCUUUGAUGAUUUAGCUAAAUAUGACUUCAAGGCGAUCAUAUUAUAUGUGAAAAAUGUGACUUAGAGAGCUAAGGUGAUAUAUUUAGGUCAUUCUCAAGGAACCACAUAAGCAUUUGCUUAUCUUUCAAAUAACAUAGAAUUCUAAUAGCAUCUUAAAUGUUUUAUUGGAUUAGGUCCAGCUAUGUUCAUUUCUAAUUUGGUAAUUCUUGAUUUUAGAUUUUUAGAGAUCAAAUUUCUUAUAAUGGGCUAUAAAACUUUAUAUAUUCGAAUUAAUCUAUUAUUUAGGAAUCCCUUACUUCUUUGUUUUUGAUGAUGGUUUUAAUAUUAAAAUAGGUGCACUUUGUUAUAUGGUUCCUUAAAUAUUUCGAAGUUUCUUUUUUGAAGUUACAAAUUAAUUAUGUGGUUUUCCUUAAAAAAAUAAAAUUGAUUUGAACCGUUUUGGUAACAUGGUUGCUCAUGAACCUGGAGGUUCAGCAUCAAAAAAUAUCGUAUAAUGGUAUAUCAAAUUUAAAUAUAUAGGAUGCAAUUCUUUAGAUCAAAAUAACUAUAAUAUUUUGAUUAUGGGGUUAGUUAGAAUUUGGCUUUGUAUGGAUAAAGAGAUCCUCCUCUAUAUCCAGUAGAUAAUUUAAAGAACUUUACAAUCCCAAAAUAUUUAUAUUUAGGAACAAGAGAUGUUAUUACAGAUACAGAUGAUUUAGGUAAAAUGUUAAAUAAAUUGGAUUAAACACACAUCAAAGUGGAGUUUAUAGAUGAUUAUGCACAUUUAGAUUAUGUCUGGGCUAUUGAUGCUCAUAUUAAAUUGUAUCCAUCGAUAUUAAGGAAUAUUAAAGAUAAUUAAAAUUGA